UUUGGAGUAACAGUCAACAAUUUUGCCACGCAUUGGAAUUUUACAAUUUUCAAGGGAUUUUUGUUGUUCAUUCGAUGGUUUUGGUGUUUUAAUUUUGGUUAGACUUAAUUUUUGGAAAUAUGAUUUACGUUAAAUCGCUUUUUGCUUGUGUUUUUCUCGCUGCAAUCGUGACGGCACAGAUUCCGAAUUUUGGAAGAUGUCCUGAAUACGAUGCGAUGAGAGAUUUCGACCGAGAGAAUUUCCUUGGGAAAUGGUACGAGAAUGAGCGUUACUUUGCCGUGUCGGAAUUGGCGUCGCGCUGUGUGUCUGUUACGUACGAGCGACGUGCUGAUGGCAAAAUCUACGUGAGCAACGAAAUGACGAAUCGAUUCACAAACGUCCAACGAAUUGUAUCUGGAGUUAUAAAUCAAACGACAAAAAGUGAUGAGGCUUCAUUCACUGUCAAAUACACUGGAUUGCCGGUUAAUUAUGACACAACUCUUCAUGUCCUGGAAACUGAUUAUGAUUCAUAUGCGGUCGUUUGGUCAUGUAACGCAUUGGCCGGUCCCGUUGGACACACUGAAUCGGUUUGGAUCUUAACUCGAGAGAGAGUUCCAGAUGGACCAGUGUUGCAAGCAGCAUACGGUGUUCUGAACAAAUUCAAUAUAGCGCGAACAUUCUUUGUGAAAACCGAUCAAACCAACUGCGAGACAGAGGGCGAUGUGGAGGAAGCUAUUGAUGGUCCAGAUAGUGGUUACGAUAUUGUCGUUGACGAUGAGACAGUGGGUUCUGAAUUGGUAAACAAUCAAUAUGGACAUGACAAUCCACAAAUUCACCAAGUGCAACAUAUUGCUCAUGUUCAGAACUUGCAACAAUACGCACCAACAUUCCCAGUCCCACUUCAGCCGCUCUACCUUCCGAAUGGUCAACAGGUCUAUUUCAAGCAGAAUGAUGUUCCAACUGAAAAAAGUGCGGGAAGUAUCAUCGAGGCAGAAAAUAAAAUAGCCGCAACCAAGACGAUUGAGAUCAAAACCGAACAACCCGAGAAAAUAACGAAAACAGAACAGCCCAUAAAGCUAGAGAAGAUGAAGCAAACCGUUAAAGUAGAUAAAAUGGAACAGCCAGAGAAAUCGGAAACAAUUGAACCAACCACAAAACUACCAACUCCAAUGAUUGAGAUUCUUGGUGUUAAUGCCACAGCGAAAAUAUAAAAUAGAAAGAAGAAAAUAUUUUUAUUCAUUAAGAAAUGCAAUCAAUUGUCAAUUUCAAUUGCUAUCGCUAUAUAUCAAAUGCUCAACUACUCCUGAAUCAAUUUCAUAUGCUUAUCAUAAAACUAUUUAUUUAUUUAUUUUGAAUACAAUUUUUUAUAACGAAGCAAAUGGUUAAAUAAAAUAAUCCAUAAA